UGAAUUCAAUCACAACAAAUUAUUUUUAUUCCCUCCAUUAUACACUACACCAACCCCCCUUUUCUUUGGCCACCAAAGUUUGGUUGGUGAAUCCUCUUGUCUUCCUCAAUUGCUAAAUCCUCUAUUUCUCUCUCCUCUAAAAAGGCUAAAACCCACCAACAUUUCAGCAAUCGAAAACAAAAGUAAGAUAUUGAGAAUUUGAGAGAGAGAAAAUGGCUCAAGCAACCACCAUUAACAAUGGUGUCCAAGCUGGUAAAUUAUGCCCCACUUUACCCAAAACCCAAUUACCCAAAUCAUUGAAAACUGUUCAAUUUGGAUCAAAUUUAAGAUAUUCUCCGAAGUUGAAAUCUUUCAGCAAUCAAAGGAUUGGUGGGCAAACAUCAGUUGUUUUCAGGGUUCGAGCUUCGGUUGCAGCAGCAGAAAAGCAUUCAGAAAUUGUAUUGGAACCCAUCAAAGAGAUCUCUGGCACUAUUCAAUUGCCGGGGUCUAAGUCGUUAUCUAAUCGAAUUCUUCUUCUAGCUGCCCUUUCUGAGGGCACAACAGUGGUUGACAACUUGCUGUACAGUGAUGAUAUCCGAUACAUGUUGGAUGCUCUAAGAACGCUUGGGUUAAAUGUGGAGGAUGAUAAAACUUCCAAAAGGGCAAUUGUGGAGGGUUGUGGUGGUCUGUUUCCAGUUGGUAAAGAUGGAACGGCUGAGAUUGAACUUUUCCUUGGAAAUGCAGGAACAGCUAUGCGCCCAUUGACAGCUGCUGUAGCUGUUGCUGGAGGAAACUCUAGCUAUGUACUUGAUGGAGUGCCGAGAAUGAGGGAGCGACCCAUUGGGGAUCUGGUAGCAGGUCUGAAGCAGCUUGGUGCAGACGUUGACUGUUUUCUUGGAACAGAUUGUCCUCCUGUUCGGGUAAAUUCCAAAGGAGGCCUUCCAGGGGGAAAGGUCAAGCUUUCAGGAUCAGUUAGUAGCCAAUACUUAACUGCGCUGCUCAUGGCUACUCCUUUGGGUCUUGGAGAUGUGGAGGUUGAAAUCAUUGAUAAAUUGAUUUCUGUACCAUAUGUGGAGAUGACAAUUAAGUUAAUGGAACGGUUUGGUGUGUCAAUAGAGCAUACUGCUAGCUGGGACAGGUUCUUAAUCCGAGGUGGUCAGAAAUAUAAAUCUCCUGGAAAUGCAUACGUUGAAGGUGAUGCUUCAAGUGCUAGUUACUUCCUAGCAGGGGCUGCAGUCACUGGUGGAACUGUGACUGUCGAGGGUUGUGGAACAAGCAGUUUACAGGGUGAUGUAAAAUUUGCCGAAGUUCUUGAGAAAAUGGGUUGCAAGGUUACCUGGACAGAGAACAGUGUCACUGUCACUGGACCGCCAAGGGAUUCAUCUGGAAGAAAACACCUGCGCGCCGUCGAUGUGAACAUGAACAAAAUGCCAGACGUCGCAAUGACUCUUGCCGUUGUUGCCCUUUAUGCAGAUGGGCCCACCACCAUCAGAGACGUUGCUAGCUGGAGAGUGAAGGAAACAGAACGGAUGAUAGCCAUUUGCACAGAACUAAGAAAGCUUGGAGCAACAGUUGAGGAAGGUUCAGAUUACUGUGUGAUAACUCCCCCUGAGAAACUAAAUGUGACAGCCAUUGACACAUACGAUGAUCACCGAAUGGCCAUGGCAUUCUCUCUUGCUGCGUGUGCUGAUGUUCCCGUCACCAUCAAUGACCCAGGUUGCACCCGCAAGACCUUCCCAGAUUACUUCCAAGUUUUGGAAAGAUUUGCCAAGCAUUGAGUACUGUAUACACUGCACGCUGAGAUUUUGUUUUGAGAAAAAAAAAGUUAAGAAAUCAAAAUGCUUUCUGCUUGAGUUUUCAUCACAUUCUUUGUAUUAUGUUGUAACAUUUUUAGUUUAUAAAAUACAGUAUAUUUUACUAUAAUGUAUCAGAUCAUUAGAAAUAAAACCUUGAAAAGCUAGACCUUGAAGUUGUGAUUUUGACACUA